GUGAAUAACUUAAUUAAUAUGGUUAGGAUUUAAUUAGCUAGGACAACUUUUUCAAAAAGAAAAUUAACAUGCCGAAAUCAUGUACGUCGUAAAUCACCAAAACAGCGAGGAUUAGUUGUAUCUUACCCUUAAAAUGGUUAGAGAUUUAAUGUAAUAGUAACAAACUAGAGUUUACUUGCAAUGAUCUCAAACACAAAAUAUACUAAAACGUUUCUUUGAUUCCCUAUGCAAUGAAAAGUGAAGAUCUUUAUGAUUAGCACGGAAUUUUCCAAGCUUAACUUUUGACUUUUCUCUCCCUAAUCAUUCAUUAAUUAUCUCUUCAUGUCAUUAUAAAAAGCACCACGUACGAAAUUCUUCUCUUAAAGCUACUCAUAUCAUAGUAUACUUUGAGCUUUCUAAUCACAUAAUAAAUUUGAAAAUGGCGAUCCUAACUCCGGUCAUAAAACUCGUGGUUUUUAGGCAAAGUCUUCGACCACAUUCAGCUAUUGCAUUCCUCGUUGAGUUCCUUUGCUUCGUCUUAGAAUUACUCGACAAGGAGAAAGAUCUAGCCAAAAUAUUCGGUAUUGUAUGUGCUUGCGACACAUUAAUCUUCACUUUGCUUGACCUAAUCCAAAAUCUGCUCGAGGAAGAAGUGAAAAUACGGCGAUGCGGUCGAGUGUUUUGGCUCUACACAAAGGACGAAAGGCUCUAUUGGCACACAUUAAACGCGUAUCUAGUCAUGUUAUGCAUCGUCCAUGUCAUCGGUUCUACGAUCUCUUACGUUUCUCAUAGACAUUAUCUAGUCUUGCUCCCGCUUUUUGCAGCAGGACUCGAACUCGUCCCACAAGAAGCCUAUCGGGUUCUUGGACCGGAUCAAGAGUCACAAGACUGUAUCGGGCCUCUUAAUGACCCAUCGUAUGGAAAAGAUCAAACCCUUCAAGAUGAUAUUGGCCUAAAUCAAGAGUCACAAGACUGCAUUGCACCUCAUCAAGGUCCAUUAGCUGAUAUUGAGCUAGAACAAGAAAUGGUUGUUCAUGUUGAGCCUCUUCAAGAUUCACUAGAUGGUAUUGAGCUAGAGCAAGAAGUGGCUGUUCAUGUUGGGCCUGAUCGUGGCCCAUAAACUACUAAGGCCUACUUAUAGAAUAAAAGCUGAAACAUUUAUAUAUAGAUGGAAAACUAUGUUUAAUGUAAUGUACUUGUGAUCGUACGACUUUGGUAGCUACAAUGUAAGAGAAUCUUUGUUACAAAAAAAUGUUAUAUA